UCCUUUUCCAUCCCCCCCCCCUCUCGUCAAAAACAUCCCUCACCAAAAAAUAUAGUGAAGGAGAGGAAUUCCACCAGAUCUCCUUUUAUACUUUUAGGUUAAUCAUAUGGAGAAGGAGCUGCUGCAUUUGUUCGACGCCGCCAAGAAAGCGGCCGAUGUGGCCACCUCCGACGCCGUUUCCUCCAACUCCUCCGAGGUUUCCAGAUGCGUCGACGCCUUGAACCGGCUCAAGGAUUUCCCCGUCAGUUACGAUACCCUUGUUUCUUCUCAGGUUGGAAAAAAGCUGCGGCUUCUCACGAAGCAUCCUAGAGAGAAAAUCAAGACUGUGGCUUCUGACUUGCUUGAGUUGUGGAAGAAAAUUGUUAUUGAGGAGACUACCAAUAAGAAAAACGGCACCACUAGUGCUGUCAAGGUAGAGAAGCUUCCAAAGCCAAGUGCUGUCAAGUCUGAAAAGCGCUCCAGUACAGAAUCUGUGAAGGUUGAGAAGUCUAAAAGUGAUUCUGUAAACUCCGUCAGAGUUGAGAAAAAGGUGGCGAAUGGAGAUACUGCAAUAUCUGAGAAGACAGAUCUAGGUAAGGUUGAAACAAUUUAUAAGGAUGAGAGACAAGCGUCGAAUGUCAAGAAACCAUAUCAGGCUCUUGCUGGUCCUCCAAAGUUGACAUCAUUGGUCAAAUGUAAUGAUCCUUUGCGUGACAAGUUCCGGGAGAUUCUUGUAGAGGCCUUGUCUAAAGUUGCCAGCGAGGCCGAUCAGGACAUCUUGGAUCAAGUGAAUGCUGCUGACCCUAUCCGGGUUGCUGUAUCUGUUGAAUCUGUGAUGUUUGAGAAGAUGGGUAAAUCAAAUGGUGCCCAAAAGUUUAAGUACAGAUCUAUAAUGUUCAACAUUAAGGAUCCAAAGAAUCCAGAUUUGAGGAGGAAGGUUCUUCUGGGCGAAGUGAAGCCAGAAAGACUCAUUACCAUGACCCCAGAGGAAAUGGCCAGUGACGAGAGGCAACGUGAAAAUAAAGAAAUUAAAGAUAAGGCUUUAUUUGAUUGUGAGCGUGGUGGUGCACUUAAGGCCACGACAGAUCAAUUCAAGUGCGGGCGAUGUGGUCAACGCAAGACCACAUACUAUCAAAUGCAGACCAGGAGUGCAGAUGAACCUAUGACAACCUAUGUAACAUGCGUAAACUGCAACAAUCAUUGGAAAUUCUGUUAGUGGAACCCAAAGAUCCCGUCAUUCAUGCAGUGAAGGUGUAAGGUUGAUCAUCUCCGAAGCUUCAUUCUGUUUAUCUUUGUUUGUGGAUUGAGUUUUAAAUAAUAGUUUACAUAAAUGCAUAUUUAUCUGCACUGCAAUAGGUCCUUUCUUAGGGAUAACUAGGUGUUUGAGGGAUGAUUGUGCCAAAAGCAUAACUCAGCUUGUUUCAAAUCUUAGGUACUUCCAUAUCUCUCCCAUUCUUCCAGCAACAGUGGCUUGUCUUUCAGAUGUAUCAUUCCAAAGGGUAGGGAGGAUGGUAGUGGUAGAAUUAGACCUUCUUGAUUUCUUAAUGUACCAAUUAACACUGCUAUGAACCCAUGCUUUGAUUUU